AUGGAGUGCACGUUCCAGCAUCAUUCCAGUUCAAUGCCUUGCCUCACUGCCUCGUCAGUUGCUCACAGACGUUAAGUUGCGUUAAGUGAUAAGUCGAGAAUAUGAGGUAGUAGAGUCGAAUGGGACGCCAGUAGCGUGGGCGUCAAGUUGAAGUAAACACGCAAAAUUGACGCGCCCGAUCGAUUUUAUGUUUUUUUUAUCCGAAUAAAGCUUUAAUUUAAAAGCACGACAUUAAUAGCGUGGGGAUGAUAUUUCUAAUUCAAAUUGUUCAAUCCUUCAUGAGCAUUUCAAUGCCAUUUUAUCGAAUGAAGCGUUUUAAAACACCAAUAGAACAGGACGAUUUUAAAAUGUGACGGGACAUAACCUUGAAAUUUUGGAAAUUUUAUCUCAAAAGUGUUUUUUUUUCUUGUGUGACUACAAUACUUGUUGAAACGUAGUUCAAAUAAUCUCUUCGCAGUGAAAUUAUGUAGUUCUAAUAAUUCAAUUCACCAACGACAAAACUAAAAACUACAAUGAAUUUCACGUACGAAGAAGUUACCAUAACGGAUGUCAUAGGAUGGAUCGCUGUUGCGGUUAUGGUUGUUGGUGGUGUUGUGCCAUAUAUCCCUCAAUAUAGAGAAAUUAGACAAAAAGAGGAUACUGACGGAUUUUCACUCUACGUUUGCUUAGCUCUUCUUAUUGCUAAUACACUUCGUAUUAUAUUCUGGUUUGGAAAAUUUUAUGAGAUACCUCUUCUUUUACAAAGCAUUUUGAUGAAUUUAACUAUGCUCUUGAUGGUUAAAUUGUGCGUGGACAUACGCAACAAAAAUCAAAUAAUAAAAUCAAAACGACGCGUGUUUACAGAUUUGGACACUAAAUACUUUUGGAAAUGGACAGACUUUCAAUCAUAUCUGGAAUUCCUCCUACUAUUUGGUGUACUGAGUGGAAUACUCAUGUACAUUUUCUCGAAUAAUGUGAUAUUCGUUGAAGGAGUUGGCAUGAUGGCUGCAUUGACCGAAGCAAUGUUAGGUGUGCCUCAAUUUUUGUGGAAUUUACGAAAUAAAUCUACCAAAGGAAUGAGUCUAGCCAUGGUUAUGAUGUGGAUGGUUGGAGAUACAUUCAAAACCUGUUAUUUUAUACAAAGACAAGCUCCUCUUCAAUUCCGAAUAUGUGGAGCUCUACAAGUCAUCAUUGAUGUCUUGAUACUUGUACAAGUCUAUAUUUAUCGUAAAAACCCUCCGCCAGUGCUGACACUGGCACGAACAGACUAAAUCAAAGCAAUCAAUAAUUGUCAAUUGUAACCUAAUCUUCCUUCAUAUCAAACUAAUUAAUGUAAAGUUGUACAAAUCUAUUUUGUAUGUGUUAUACUAAAAUAUAUGUGUAUGUGAUUUUCA